GAGGUGUGCAUGUGGGAGCUGAGGAGCCAGUGGACUGUUGCUGGGCAGGAAGGACAGAGCAGUACAGGGACAGGCCUCUGCCUGGGCUACAGAGCCACCAGGAGCCAUGAGGGUGGCAUUGGGCAUGCUCUGGCUCCUGGCCCUCAGGGGACCCCCCCAGGCCUGGAGCUCUUGCCCCUCUCACUGCAGCUGCAGCCUCCACAUCCUGGGUGAUGGCAACAAGGCCAGGACGGUGGUGUGCAAUGACCCUGACAUGACCCUGCCCCCAGCAUCUGUCCCACUGGACACUUCCAGACUGCGCCUGGAGCGGACGGCCAUCCGCAGGGUGCCUGGGGAGGCCUUCAGGCCGCUGGGACGCCUGGAGCAGCUGUGGCUGCCUUACAACGCGCUCAGCGAGAUCAGCGCCUUAAUGCUGCGGGGCCUGCGCAGCCUGCGCGAGCUGCGUCUGCCGGGGAACCGUCUGGCUGCUUUCCCUUGGGCUGCGCUCAGGGACGCCCCCGAGCUGCGGCUGCUGGACCUGCAGGCCAACCGUCUCUCUGCAGUGCCGCCCGAGGCUGCGCGGUUUCUGGGCAACCUCACCUUCCUGGACCUCUCCAGCAACCAGCUGAUGAGGCUCCCACAGGAGCUGCUGGCCACUUGGUCUCACAUGCAGACCGGGUCCUUCCUUCCGGGCCACCGCACCAGGCUGGUCCUCGGGCUGCAGGACAAUCCCUGGGUGUGUGACUGCCAACUCUAUGACAUGGUCCAUUUCCUGGAAGGCUGGGCCCCAAACCUGGCUUUCAUAGAGGCCAGACUGAGGUGUGCCAGCCCACGCAGCCUGGCUGGAGUGGCCUUCAGCCAGUUGGAACUGAGGAAGUGCCAGAGUCCGGAGCUCCAUCCAGGGGUGACCAGCAUCAGGUCUCCUUUGGGCAGUACAGUAUUGCUACGCUGUGGAGCCUCUGGGGUCCCUGGUCCUGAGAUGAGCUGGAGGAGAGCCGAUGGGUACCCACUCAAUGGCACAGUGCACCAGGAAGUCUCCAGUGAUGGCACAAGCUGGAUUCUGCUGGUUCUGCUGGCUGUGUCCUACCUUGACUCUGGAGACUACAUCUGCCAGGCCAAGAACUUCCUGGGAGCCUCUGAGACUCUUAUCUCCCUUGUUGUCACUGAGCCCCAGACUUUCACAGAGCACAGUGGAAGCCCAGAGGCACUGUGGGCAAGGACAGGUGAGGGGGCAAAAGCUGCUGCAUACAACAACCAGCUGGUGGCCAGGCAUGUCCCCUACAUCCCUGAGCCUGCUAUCCUGGCCACUGGCUCCUCUGUGCCCAGUAUGAAGGAGGAGAUGAUGCUCCAGCACUUCCAGAUGAGUGCCCCAGCAGAACACUUAAAUGAGCAGGUGGGAUCCCAGGAGGCCCGAAUGGUGAGGUCUCUCAAAGUGUUAGGGGACACUUACCAGAGUGUGACCUUGGCAUGGAAGGCCCCUCAGGCUGGGAACACAACUGUCUUCAGUGUCCUCUAUGCAGUCUUUGGGCAGCAUGACAUGAGACAGGUGGUUGUGCAGCCUGGGAAGACCAGGGUCACCAUCCAUGGGCUGGUGCCCAAGACCAAGUAUGUGGCAUGUAUCUGUGUGCGGGGCCUGGUGCCCCGGAAAGAGCAGUGUGUCAUCUUCUCUACCAAUGAGGUGGUGGAUGCUGAGGCCACUCAGCAGCUCAUCAAUGUGGUUGUGAUCAGUGUGGCCACUGUCAUCGCCCUGCCCCUCACACUGCUCGUCUGCUGUGGUGCUCUCCAGAGACGCUGCCGCAAGUGCCACACUGUGGGCUCCACUGAGUCCAUGGGUGCCUAUGUCAACCUGGACAGGCUGGGCCACAGUGAGGAUGGCUCAGAGGAGCUGUCCCGGCACAGCCUCAGUGAGGCUGACAGGCUCCCUUCAGUCCAUUCUGGCCUGGACACUCAGCUCUUGGGAACCAGGGGGUGCCGUCAAAUCAAUGAGUACUUCUGCUGAGGACCCUGCUUCUCCUAUACACAUAGAUGCCCACAUAUCUGCUCCAACCACCUUCUACUCCCACAUGCUCACUCUGACACCUGACUCAUGCUCACCCAUUCUUACCCACUUGGGUGCUUGUUUAUUCAUCCAUAUAUAUACACAACAGCUAACAUCUAUUAAAGCACUAACUAUGUGCCAGGAAGUGUUCUAAGUGCUUUUCAUGCAUUGACUCAUUUCAUUUUUAUAACAAUCUUUUGCAGUAGAUGACACAUUUCUCCUCAUUUUCCUGUAGAAGAAAUAAGGUAAUUAAGUAACUUGCCUGUAUCAGUCAGUUUUUUCUAUAAAACAAAUGAAAGCAAAACCUCAGUGGUAUACAGCAAUGAGCACUUAUUCUCACAUCAUCCACAGGUUGUUGAGUUGACUGAGGUGGCUUUGUUCCAUGUGUCUUAUUUGGGACCCAGGAUGGAGAGUCAGUGGCUACUUGGGCAGGUUCCUUCUAUGGAUAGUUCAGAUGAUAUCAGGAGAAUGAGCAAAAACAUGUAAUGCCUCUCAAAGUCUUGGCUUAAAACUGACAUACUGAUAUUUCUGUCUAUUUUCUAUCUGCCAAAGCCAGUGCCAUGGCCAAACCCAACUUUAAAAGGGCAGAGAAGGACAGUUCUUUGCUGGAGGCCAUGCUGGUUCAAGAACUAUUUUGCUGAGCAGUGAUCUAAUCUACUCUAUUGCCUACAACUAUGCAGCUAGGAAGUGGCAGCUCUGGCAGCUGGACCAGGCAACUGGUUCCACAGUUGAAUCCUAAACAUAUGUUCUCAUCUACUGCAUCUUGAUUACAUUUAUGGUGAUUCAUAGGCACUCACAUACACAUCCUAUUUAUGCAGUAGCCACAUUUGUACAGUUUCACACAUUCACACACACAGACACACACCAUGCCCUCACUGUUAUACUCACUGAUUCUAACACUUUUUUCCUCUGGGUGCCAUUCUGCCUAGAGGUAAUAAUUUGAUUUUCAAUAAAUUCUAGAGGUUUGGAUGAUGCCCAAGCGAUUACUGCUCAUUUACUCUAAGAAUGUCAGUCUGGAGGGAUUUGAGAGACCUUUUGUGGUGUGUGGUACAGUACACACAAUGCUAUCUAGCAUGCUACUCACCUCAGUCCCCAAGUAGCAGUCUUGGUGAUCCUUACUGAAACUUACCUCGGUUCCUGAGGAUAUCUCAGAGUCUUCCCAGUCACUCAGUGAGGCCACUUAAAAGGAGGAUUCUGCUCCAUUUGCUUAAAGAUGGGAAACAUCUGAGAUGUUUCUGAGUGCAGGAGCAGACAAAUAUUCCUGCACAAGGGCAGAUGUUGUAUCUUGUCUGCAGGACUGAACAUCCAGGGUAGUUGGUGCCAAAACCUUUGGGUAACAACAACUGACAAGAUUUUGUUCAGCCAGUGAUCCAAGGGAACUAUUUGGUUGGUAUAGUGAUUUCUAAGGUUACUAUGUUCCCUCUCACAUUUAUAGAAGACCUUAUAACAUAUGACCUUACAAGUGUAGUUUUUUCUCUGUUUUCGCUCAUUUGACCCUCACAACAACCCCUUAUAAAGACUGGGCUACUUGAUUGUACAGAUAGAAAAACUGAAGUCCAGAGAGCAGAAUAAUUUAUGGAGGGUUUGUGAUGGAUUUUCAUGGAGGAUCCAAGUGUUUAAUAACUUUCUGGCCAGGCUGAGGGUAUAUAUUCACCUGAUCUCUGGCAAUACAAUUCUCAGCAGGGUCACUACAGAAAUGGAUUUUUGUGUGUGUGUGUGCCACCUGAAACAUGGGAUCAGAACCAUGGGAGGCAUUGAUG